CUUGAUCGUCGCUCAGGUGUGCCGAAGGUGCGGCGGGGAAUCCGGGGCGUCGUCUGGAAGCGGAGAUACGACAACCACCACGGCCAGCGUUUUUGUUUGUUGUUUCUUUCUCUCUCUCUCUCUCUCUCUCGAGUGAGCAGUUGGUGCUCGCAGGGUAUUCCCUGAGGUGCCCGAGGGACCCCGUUGCCGGGAGCCGUUUGGUGGGGGGAGGGGAGGGCACCCCAGGUCGGCCAACGGAUGGGAUCGAAGUCGAGCCCAUGCGGCGGCCGCCGAGCGGGCUCAAUUGCCUCGACCCUGUCGGCACGGCUACCCGUUCGGCGGCCGAGCGGGCUCAGACGCCGUGCGUGCUCAAGAGAGAACCCUAAGGCAGACUGAUGGCCCUCACUCCCAGGGGCCUCCGGGUGGCUCUGCGCAGUCGGCCGUCGGCUCUCGGGUGCAAGGCCCUCGCGCCUCCUUUCAGGCACUCGGGCCCCCGCCGUGUCUCUGCCCGGCCGGCCCUUCCCCCCGGCUCCGCCCCAUGGAGGAGGCCAUCCGUGCCCGAGCCGCACCGCGCCCGCCCUCGUCGGGCAGAGGUUCGCGGGCCUGGCGGACCCGACUUGCCAGCUGUACGUCGUGCCGUACUACUUCGGGAUGGCUUCCACUGGAGUUCUGAUGGUUUGCAAGCCGACUCCCAGGCUUGCAUCGUUGCCACUGCAUCGCAGCGUUUUCAUCGCGUGUUUCGGCAUAGUUGCGCAAAGCCUCAAUUGGACGGGCAACAUGUUUGCAGGUAGCUCUAUCUUCGCCGUCAUUUAUUCGUCCGUGACGAUUUGGGCUGCACUCUUAUCUCGCGUGCUCAUGCAACGGGUUCUUACCAUAUGGCAAUGGUGUGGAAUAUUCGUCGUAUUCUCUGGUCUGGCGAUCACUGGUUUUGAGGCGAAGCACCAAGGAGAUAAAAUUUUCCUCGGCGCGGCAAUGGUGACAGUCGGAGCGUUUCUGCACGCACUGAGCCAUAGCCUCAGCGAGUUAAUCUCGGUGCGAGGGGCCCGAAUCCCUCCGUACGUCAAUUCAUGCGUACAGGGUUGCGUCUGUUGCACGCUGGUGGGCACAUGGCAGUGUACCUACACGGUGUCCCACUGGGAGAAGAUCGCGAUUCCCAUGGAGGACGCCGGCACCACGUGGGGCUACGCCUCGCUGCUGCUGUGCGGGGUGGCGGCGGGCAAUUUCGUACAUGCGGCCACCUUCUUCUACCUGCUGACCAGCAUCGGCGUGGUGUCCACUGGCGUGCUCAAGUCCGUGCAGUCGGUGGCCGUGUUCUGCCUAGCGCACUUCUUGUACUGCGACCGCGACGAGUCGCAGUGCUUCACUCCGGUGAAGGGUGCCUCCCUUGUGACCGUGGUGUGCGGCGUGCUGUGCUACGUCGCAGCCACUGGCGCCGCGCAGAGCCGCCAGCUUGCUGGCAGCUACGAGAAAUAAGCGGUGGCCACCGUCGGAGAUAAAUGUUCGAAUCAUCCUAGCCCGUCUUGCAGUGCUGCUCGUUCUUCCUCCGCCUCCUCGCCCGGUCCCGUGUCUUGAUCUUCCUGUUCAUGUGCCACAUCCUCUGACCUUGUUUAUCCAACCGAGAGUAGUCAAUAAAUGCUAGGGUAACCAUCGGAAGUCAGAUGCACGUCACCAUGCUGCGUUAGGCCAUACGAUCGGCACAUGGAAGCGACAUGGCAGUGGCUCGCACAACGCAGAGCCCCCCCCAGUGUCCUCCGCCCGUGCUUGGCCUUACAGACCGCCUGCCUCGAAGGCAUCUUAACAGGGUGCCCAGAGCCAAGAGAAGGCCGCAUCGAGCGGUGAAGCAGCAGGGCCUUCUCUGUGGGGCUCAGCGGAGAGGUGGAGGCGCAUGCAUGGACCGAAGGUGCUGG